AUGCGCUCGGAGGCCGCAGCUCCUCGGGGUCCAGAGGCGGCCCCCGAGCCUCGCCGCCGUGCCGCCGCCGUCGCCGCCGCCUGCGGCGGUCCCGGGCGGCGCUCGCUCCCGCGGACGGCGCGGCGCGGCGGGAGGGGCGGCGCGGCCGCGUAUCCCUCCGCCGCCCCUCCCCCGCGCGGCCCCGGCCCCCCUCCCCGCGGGCCGCGCUCGCCUCCCUCCGCCUCAGACUGUUUUGGUAGCAACGGCCACGGCGGCGGCGGCGCGUCCCUGCCCGGCUCCCCGCGGCUCCUCGGCUUCGGCGGGCCUCCCCGCCCCUUGGUCGUCCUCCUCCUGCCCCUCGCCCCCCCGGCCGCGCCGCCCCGCGCCGCCCCGCUCGGCGCCCGCGCGUCCCCGCCGCGCUCCGGCGUCGUCUCGGCGCGCCCGGCCCCCGGCUUUCCCCGCCCGGCGUGCGAGCCGGUGCAUGGGCCGCUCGCCAUGUCGCUGAAGCCCCAGCAGCAGCAGCAGCAGCCGCAACAGCAGCAGCAGCCGCAGCAGCAGCAGCAGCCGCCGCCGCCACCGCCGCCGCCGCCGCCACCCGCGGCCGCCAGUGCCCGCAAGCCCGGCGGCGGCCCCGGCCUCCUCUCGUCGCCCGCCGCCGCGCCGGCCCCGACCUCGGUCUCGUCGUCCUCGGCCGCGGCCGCCUCCUCCUCUUCCUCCUCCUCCUCUUCCUCCUCCUCCGCGGCGGUCGGCGCAGGCGGAGGGCGGCCCGGCCUGGGCAGAGGUCGAAAUAGUAACAAAGGACUGCCUCAGUCUUCGAUUUCUUUUGACGGAAUCUAUGCAAAUAUGCGGAUGGUUCAUAUACUUACAUCAGUUGUUGGAUCCAAAUGUGAAGUACAAGUGAAGAAUGGAGGUAUAUAUGAAGGAGUUUUUAAAACAUACAGUCCCAAGUGUGAUUUGGUACUUGAUGCUGCACAUGAGAAAAGUACAGAAUCCAGUUCGGGGCCAAAACGUGAAGAAAUAAUGGAGAGUAUUUUGUUCAAAUGUUCAGACUUCGUUGUGGUACAGUUUAAAGAUAUGGACUCCAGUUAUGCAAGAAGAGAUGCUUUCACUGACUCUGCUAUCAGUGCUAAAGUGAAUGGUGAGCACAAGGAGAAGGACCUGGAGCCCUGGGAUGCCGGGGAACUCACAGCCAGUGAGGACCUCGAGGCUUUGGAAAAUGAUGUUUCUAAUGGGUGGGACCCCAAUGAUAUGUUUCGAUACAAUGAAGAAAAUUAUGGUGUGGUGUCUACGUAUGACAGCAGUUUAUCUUCAUACACGGUACCGUUAGAAAGGGAUAAUUCAGAAGAAUUUUUAAAACGGGAAGCAAGGGCAAACCAGUUAGCAGAAGAAAUUGAGUCCAGUGCUCAGUACAAAGCUCGGGUGGCUCUGGAAAACGAUGACAGGAGCGAGGAAGAAAAAUACACGGCCGUUCAGAGAAACUCCAGUGACCGGGAGGGGCACAGUGUGAGCACCAGGGAAAAUAAAUAUAUUCCUCCUGGACAAAGAAAUAGAGAAGUCAUGUCGUGGGGAAGUGGGAGACAGAAUUCACCACGCAUGGGCCAGCCGGGGUCAGGCUCCGUGCCUUCCAGAUCUGCGUCUCACACUUCAGAGUUCAACCCGAGUUCUGGUGCAGACCAAAGAGUAGUUAAUGGAGGUGUCCCCUGGCCAUCGCCUUGCCCAUCUCCUUCCUCUCGCCCACCUUCUCGCUACCAGUCAGGUCCCACCUCUCUUCCACCUCGGGCCGCCACCCCUACACGGCCGCCCUCCAGGCCCCCCUCGCGGCCAUCCAGACCCCCGUCUCACCCCUCUGCUCAUGGUUCUCCAGCUCCUGUCUCUACUAUGCCUAAACGCAUGUCUUCAGAAGGGCCUCCCAGGAUGUCUCCGAAGGCCCAGCGGCACCCUCGCAACCACAGAGUUUCUGCUGGGCGGGCCUCCAUAGCCAGCGGCUUAGAAUUUGUAUCCCACAACCCACCAAGUGAAGUAGCAGCUCCUCCGGUGGCCAGGACCAGUCCAGCCGGGGGAACGUGGUCAUCAGUGGUCAGUGGUGUUCCGAGAUUAUCUCCAAAAACUCACAGACCCAGGUCUCCCCGACAGAACAGUGUUGGAAACCCUCCCAGCGGGCCUGUGCUCACUUCUCCCCCAGCUGGUACCGCCCCGGCCGAAGCAAUUGCCAUGCCCGUUCCUGCUGCGUCUCCUACGCCUGCCAGCCCCGCCAUCAAUAGAGCCGGGACCCCAUCUGCUGAGGCUAAAGAUUCCAGACUCCAAGAUCAGAGGCAGAAUUCUCCAGCAGGAAAUAAAGAAUGCCUGAAAGCCAUUGAAGCAUCGCCUAGCUUCUCAAAAACUGAAAAUAAAGGUGUAUCACCAGUUGUUUCUGAACACAGGAAACAAAUAGAUGAUUUAAAGAAGUUCAAGAAUGAUUUUAGGUUACAGCCAAGUUCCACAACGGAGUCAAUGGAUCAACUACUAAAUAAAAAUAGAGAGGGAGAAAAGCCAAGGGAUUUGCUCAAAGACAAAAUUGAACCCAUUUGUAAGGACUCUUUCAUUGAAAAUAGCAGCAGCAACUGUGCCAGCGGCAGCAGCCCGAGCGCCUCCCCGUCCGUCCUCAGCAGUGUAGAGCCCAGGAGGGGACCCGAGGUCACCUCCCAAGGCGUGCAGACUUCCAGUCCAGCGUGCAAGCAAGAGAAAGAUGAUAAGGACGAGAAGAAAGAUGCAGCUGAGCAAGUUAGGAAAUCUACAUUGAAUCCCAAUGCAAAGGAGUUCAACCCUCGAUCCUUCUCUCAGCCAAAGCCUUCCACCACCCCAACUUCACCUCGGCCUCAAGCACAACCGAGCCCCUCGAUGGUGGGUCCUCAGCAGCCCACACCAGUCUAUACGCAGCCUGUUUGUUUUGCACCAAACAUGAUGUAUCCAGUCCCUGUGAGUCCCGGUGUGCAACCUUUAUACCCAAUACCCAUGACGCCCAUGCCAGUGAAUCAAGCCAAGACCUAUAGAGCAGUACCAAACAUGCCCCAACAACGACAGGACCAGCAUCAUCAGAGCACCAUGAUGCACCCGGCCUCGGCGGCAGGCCCGCCCAUCGUGGCCACCCCCCCGGCCUACUCCACUCAGUACGUGGCCUACAGCCCACAGCAGUUUCCAAAUCAGCCCCUCGUUCAGCACGUGCCACACUACCAGUCUCAGCACCCUCAUGUCUACAGUCCUGUACUACAGGGUAACGCUAGGAUGAUGGCACCGCCAGCACACGCGCAGCCUGGUUUAGUGUCGUCUUCAGCAACUCAGUACGGGGCUCAUGAGCAGACGCAUGCUAUGUAUGCAUGUCCCAAAUUACCGUACAACAAGGAGACAAGCCCUUCUUUCUACUUUGCCAUUUCCACAGGCUCCCUCGCUCAGCAGUACGCGCACCCCAGCGCUACCCUGCACCCCCAUCCUCCACACCCUCAGCCCUCAGCCACCCCCACGGGACAGCAACAGAGCCAGCACGGCGGAAGUCACCCCGCACCCAGUCCUGUUCAGCAUCAUCAGCACCAGGCCGCCCAGGCUCUCCACCUGGCCAGCCCACAGCAACAACCAGCUAUUUACCACGCGGGGCUGGCGCCCACCCCACCCGCCAUGACGCCAGCCUCCAACACACAGUCGCCACAGAACAGUUUCCCCACAGCACAACAGACGGUGUUCACCAUCCAUCCUUCUCACGUCCAGCCGGCAUACACCAACCCACCACACAUGGCCCACGUACCUCAGGCCCAUGUACAGUCAGGAAUGGUUCCUUCUCAUCCAACUGCCCAUGCGCCAAUGAUGCUAAUGACGACACCGCCACCUGGCGGCCCCCAGGCCGCCCUCGCUCAAAGUGCACUACAGCCCAUUCCAGUCUCGACAACAGCGCAUUUCCCCUAUAUGACGCACCCUUCAGUGCAAGCCCACCACCAGCAGCUGUAAGGCUGCCCUGGAGGACCCGAAAAGCCAAAUCCCCUCCUCCCUUCUACUGCUUCUUCCGACUGGAAGCACGGAAAACUAGUUUCACUUAU